UUAAUGAAACAUCCAGUUGAAGAACAUUGCGAGACGCUAUACAGUUUUUAAACCAGAGAAAGCAUUCAAUCAUAUAAUCAGAGAUUUUCGAAAGAAGUAUCCUGGUCACAUUCUUCCGGAUGAAGACCUUCAAUGGAUAUUCGUGAAUGCUGGUGGGUGGAUGGGGUCCAUGUGCGUCCUACAUGCAUCAGUCACUGAGUACGUCCUCUUGUUUGGAACAGCAAUAGAUACAACUGGACACUCAGGUAGAUAUCUGGCUAACAUAACCGACACCAUCCUUAGUGGCACAUUCACCCAGUGGAAGGAAGGAGAGCUACGAGCGGAGACGUAUAAUGGAGGUGACACGGUGAGACAUGUGAUGGGAGAGGCAGCUGCCGUGCACUGGACAGCCAACACAUGGAUGCUGGAGUAUGGCCGGGGUCUCAUACCGACAACACUGCCCUUCGCUCUAUCCGACACACUGUUUGGCACCCAGGACUUUGUCACACUCUACAGGACCUUGCGCAUCUACUGCAAGGCGCUGUGGCAGGAGCUACUGUUCGCAACGGGAGUACAUGUCUGAACGGUUGUUGUUGUUGCUGAUGGCAACAGCUCGUGGGAAGGGCUAUGGUUACACAUCAAGGAGUUCAGUGUGUGGGUAGGAAAUGUAGCAUGUGGGACGAUCAGUGAAGCUGUUAGUUUCAUCUGCCGGUGCAUUGUGAAUAUCACAAAUUAGAUGUGAUUAAUUAAGAUGAUUAAUAUAUUUCUAAUGAAAUUACUUGGUAGACAUUAUUUGCACCAUGUGCGUUUAUGGUGUGUGUGUGUUGAUAUGCGUUGAGGCGUACAAUGUAUGUGCGUGUGUGUGCAUGUGUACG